AUGGGCUGUAACUUAUCACGAGUAGCAAAUGCACCGAAUUUGUUAACAGCGGAACAAAGCCAUUUGCUUGUUCGAGAUAAUUGGACCGAUGUAUGUAAUAAAUGUUAUGAAGAAGUUGGCAUUAGUUUUAUGGUUCGAAUCUUUCAAGAUUAUCCUCAACUAAGAAAACUUUGGAUUUUUGCCGCUAAUCUUGAAAAGGAAGAAGAAAUUCGAAAUAAUGCACAAGUACGUUAUCAUGCUGCAAAAAUCAUGUACACUCUUAAUGAAAUUAUUAACAAUAUCGAUGACUAUGACAAACGACGUCAUAUUCUCGAAAGUCUUGGUCAAAUUCAUUUUAUGUAUGAUGUACAACCUUCUUAUUUUCAGGCAGCAAAAUCUUCUAUGGAGCAUGUAUUAAAUUCAGUACUUGGCAAAAAUUUUACAGAUCGUCAUAAGCAAGCAUGGACUUAUCUUUUUCAGCAGAUUGUUGUCGAUUUGGGUCGAGGUGUCGAAAAACAGGCAGCUCUUGCUGGUCAUCUCAAGAAAGAAACUAAAAUCAUUACUGAACAUACGAUGUAG